AUGGGGCCCCCGGGCAAUAGGGGAUCAUGGGGCCCCUGUGUCCUUGCCCAAACUCAAAAAAGCCUAGGAAAAUGGUACCAGGGGCAUCUCAUGGGGCCCCCUACUGGCCCCGGGCCCUCGGGCAGUGCCUGAGUUUCCAAAUGGUCAGUCCGCCCCUGGGUGCAUGGAUUGACAGGUGUUGGAUAACUCGGCUGUUUCACUGUUUGGUGAUCACUGGUGUUGAGUGUCAAAGCACUGAUUCACAUGAUAUGAUGAUUAGGUUAUGUGUUGACAAUAUUACACUAUAUUUG